AUGGCUAAGUAUUCUUUAGUUAAUGCUGUAGUUUUUAUAAUAAUAAUGAUCAUGAAUUUCUCCCAAGCACAAAUCCCAUGUACGACAGUUAACAACAAUCUGUUGCCGUGUGCAAGUUACGUGAUGAACGGAGGAACACUCCCUCCGGCGUGUUGCGACGGCUUCAAGGAUCUUGUGAAUAUGGCUAAGACACAAGCUGAUCGGCAAAGUGUUUGCAACUGCGUGAAUACGUUCCUUGCAAAUGCCGAUGAUGGGCAGAUCAACAACGCCGCCAGCAUCCCUUCACUUUGUGGUGUCAACAUCCAUUUCAACAUCACUCGUAACAUGGACUGCUCCAAGGUGAACUUGGCUUGA